AUGGGGAAGGUGAUGAUGUGGACAGCUCUGGUCAUUCUCCUGCAGUUGCAGCUGGGCUCUGCAUAUAAACUCGUGUGCUACUUCACAAACUGGUCUCAGUAUAGACCAGACCCAGCUAAGUACUUCCCAAACAACAUUGACCCAAAUCUUUGUACCCACUUGGUUUAUGCUUUUGCUACUAUGAAAGACAAUAAGAUAGCUCCUUAUGAAUAUAAUGAUGAAGAUGAACUCUACCCUCAGUUCCAAGCACUGAAAAAGAGCAAUCCCCACCUGGUUACCCUGCUGGCUGUUGGAGGAUGGAACUUUGGCACUGAAAUGUUCACUAUCAUGGUCUCUACAGAAGCUAAUCGCAAGAUCUUCAUUGAUUCAGUGACUACAUACCUCCGUAAACAUGGCUUUGAUGGAAUUGACCUGGACUUUGAAUACCCAGGCUCGAGGGGUAGUCCCCCUGAGGAUAAGCACCGGUUUACCCUCCUGAUUCAGGAAAUGCUCACUGCCUUUGAAAAGGAGUCUGCGGAGUCUAGACUACUGAUCACAGCUGCAGUAUCUGCUGGUGUAGAAACUAUUAAUGCUGCAUAUGAAAUUGCUGAGAUAGCGAAACUACUGGAUUACAUCAGUGUGAUGACGUAUGACUUCCAUGGUGACUGGGAUAGUGUCACAGGAUGCAACAGUCCUUUAAACUCAGGUUCUGAGUGGUGUGAAGAUCAGUGUUUCAAUUGUAAAUGUGCUAUGGAGUAUUGGAGAGACCAAGGUGCCCCAGCUGAGAAACUUCUGAUGGGAUUUCCAACCUAUGGACGGUCUUUCAGACUUAGUAGCAGUAGUAGCACAGGCCUCUGUGCAGCAGUCUCUGGGGCUGGUACUCCAGGGUCAUAUACAGAAGAAGCAGGAUAUUGGGCUUACUUUGAGGUCUGCACUUUUCUAAAUGAAAAGGACACCCAAGUGAAAUGGCUGGAUGAACAAAAAUCUCCAUAUGCCUAUAAAGGAGAUAUCUGGGUAACUUAUGAUGACAUUUGCAGCUACAGAUACAAAGCCAAAUACUUGAAAGAGAAGAACUAUGGAGGUGCCAUGAUAUGGGCUAUUGAUUUGGAUGACUAUCUUGGUACUUUCUGCAACCAAGGAACAAAUCCUUUAAUAAGUGAGCUGAAAAGAUUGCUUGAAACAAAUGAUCCUGUUGUGCCAAACUGCCCACAUGAAGUUGAUCCUCCAGUGACCCCGUCAGAUGAUCCCACCACUACCUCUCCAGGGGAUUCAGGAGAUGAAAAUUUUUGUACUGAGAAAGCGGAUGGCAUGUAUGCUGACCCAAAAGACAAAUCGAAAUUCUACAUGUGUGCAGGAAACCGUACAUUCCACUUUGAUUGUGCAGCUGAUCUAAUCUUUAAUAUUGACUGCAAGUGCUGUGACUUCCCAAAACAUUAA